UUCGGGCACGGAGAGAAAGCAGUGCGCCAUGCUCGGAUAUAAGGCGUAGGCUAAAUGAUAAUUGGGCAGGUGUGUAGGUGGGAAACCAGAGAAGGAGCCGUGGGAUAAUUUGAUCUGUGAACAGGUUGGAAACUCAAGCAUCCUUCGACGCACCUCCUGGGCUCUGGGUAUAAAAGCAGGAGCGCGCUGGAAGGGGCUGCACACCGCCGUACACCUGCUGCUCCGGACCUGUGUGAGGAACCUACGACCCCCGGUGAGUCAGGGACGAGAUGUCACUCACCUCCAUCCUUUCUGCUGAGGCCAUUGACAAUGCUGUCAAGGAAUGUCAAGCCCCGGAUUCAUUCUGCUACAAAAAGUUCUUCAAGCUAUGUGGCCUGUCCUCAAAGACGCCUCAGGAGAUCAAAAAUGUUUUCCAGAUACUAGAUGAAGACAACAGUGGCUACAUUGAGGAGUCAGAACUUAAAUUUUUCCUCCAAAGAUUUGUCCCCAGUGCACGGACUCUAACUGAUGCAGAGGCCAAGAGCUUUAUCUCAGCAGCUGAUGAUGACAAUGAUGGCAGAAUUGGAGCUGAGGAAUUCCAGGCUAUGGUGCUGUCUUGAGUUUAAUCGGUGAUGGCAUUUCCAGACCCUCAAAUCCUCUUUAACCACUGGAGUCUCUGGGUUCAUAAUGAAUUACACAUGCAUAUCUUUUGUUUUCUAUUAAAACUAUGGAAUAAUUGUUUUUAAUUGACUUUUCACCUGAAAAUGGCAGCUUUACACAGUGUUUCACUUUUUGUGUCUGUGGACAUUCCACCUUUGACAAAACACAAAAUCAAUAAAUAUUUCAAAAAGUAAA